AUGAUGAAAUCUUCAAAUUAGUUUUUGAAUGAAAAAAUUGAGUAUCUAUUUAAUUUUUUGAAAGUGGAUUAUUAGAAGGAAAUCAUUAGGGGACUUAAAGAACUAAUUCUAAAAUUUAUUCGUGGAUAAGUUUUGCACUCUUUUAAUGUUGCUGGAUAGAUGUAAUACUAAUCUCAAUUACAUAAAUUCUAUAAAUUUAGCUAUGCUGAAAAUAAUAAUUUUAACAAUGAAUCAGACAAAAGUAUCAAGUCAGUUAAUAAAUUUUAUGAGCUAAUUAUUAGUGGUAAGAGGAAAGGGUUCAUAUAAGUAUAGAAUAAUGUUUUUCUUUUUAAUUCUUAUGUCAAUGAUUAAAAAAGUUUAAGAUUAUAGUCAGUCAUUAGAAAUCAUAAGAAUGAUUAAUAAAAUAAUAAAAGAUUGGGUUUUGAGUGCUUACUUGAGAUAGAAUGGGUUUAUAUAUAAGAUUGGAUUUAGUUAAGGGUAUUAAUUAAAUGAUUAAAGACAUUUU